AUGAGUAUCAACAACAACAAUAAUAAUAGCAACAAUAGUGACAGUAGCCAAAUCGACAAUAUUCCAUUGGAACAAUUAUUGAAAAAUACUCCAAACGAAGCCAACGUGACAGAAAUAUUACAAUCUGAUGUGAUUAUUAAUACCAGUCAAUCAAGUAUAGAGUUUACUAGAACAAAUGUGAUUCCAAAUCAAUUACCAUUCAUUUCACAUGUUUUAGAUCAAAAUAAUAUCAUUAGAAGACAACAUGCUCGACGAUCACAACUCUAUCAUCCAACCCGACAACAUCAUCGACAGCAGGAAUAUACACGUAAAAAUAACAAACGAAGAUCUCAAUUCUGUAGUGAAAGAUAUCCUGCAAAUGAUGACUCAAAAGAUAUGUCUAUAAACGAUGAAUGGGAACAAGAACAAAUCAAUGAAUUGGAAACAUUUGCUGCUCUUGAACAACUAUCAUCAAUACAAGAUGAAAUUGAACAACAAGAAAAUAUUGAUAUAGUUGAACAAAUACAUGAACAAGAGCAACAUGAACGAAAGAAUGAAGAGUUAAGACAAUUAGAACAAUGGGAACGAGAAGUAGAAAAACAGUAUCAAGAACGACUACAAAAGAUGACUUUCGAACAACGCUUCGAUUUGGUUUUUAAAGAAAAAUUUCGAGAUUACCAAAGCUUCAAUCAAUAUCAUGAGAAUAUGGAGUUUAUGGAACAAAAACAAGUACAAGAUUUCGAAGAAGAAGAACAAUAUGAGCCUGAUGAAUUUCAUCAUAAUGAUCAAGAACCAACGCAAGGUUUUGAACAUCUUGAAGAUGAGCAUACCUUUAUAUUAGCAAGAACUUCCGAAGAAAAAAAAACAUGUGCUACAACUAGACUAUCUAAAUUAAAUACAUCGAAGAUUAUAGAACGAACCAUUAUACAUACAAAUGUUCUAUAUAUUUGUUCUGAAGAACAAUGGCAACGAAAAGUAAACAAUUAUAUGCAACAAACCAGUCAUUUUUUAUUCAUUGGAGAUAUUACAUCAGAAACAUCAGCUAAUGAUAUUAAACGAAUACUUAUGAACAUGAGCAAUCUAGUCGUUAAAACAUUACAUGUUUUAUUAUAUCGUAGAGCAAUCAGCAAUGAACAAUAUAGUGACAUGAUGUUUUACAAUCAAUCAAUCAAAUUUGAUGUGAAUAAAUUGGAUUUUAUACCGAAAAUACGUCAUAAUAAAAUCAUCAUUGAACCGAUGAUAACGUCUUCUUCAGUAGAACCUAUGAAAGGAAUUCUACACUUAGUCAAUAAUCUUCUUCAACCAUUAAUUCAAUGCAUAUUCCAUGCGAAAAGAUUUCCUACAGCAAAUGAAGCCAUCGAAGAGUUAAUAAAAUAUGAAGUAGAAGGUAAUCUUCAAUCAAAAACAUUCUUUGUUACCAUCCAAAUUCAUGAUCUUCGCACUACGUUAUCUCAUGAUGUAAUGAUUGAAGCAUUACAGCAUUUUUUUCAGCAUUAUGCACGUAGUAUACUAACAAGUGGAAUACCGACGAUAACUGUUAUCCAACUCAUUCGUUUGAUUCUUGAAAAUCAAUUUUGUAUGUAUGAAAAUAAAUUAUAUCGACAGACUGUUGGUAGUUCAAUUGACUCACCAUUGAUAACAGCAUUAAUCGAGAUUUAUCUAUUUUAUUGGCAAUAUGAUUUAGUGCGCCGAUUGAAUUCGUUAGGAAUGCGAUGCUUUGGUAGAUGUUUUAAUCAAAUAUUUUUUACUUGGAAUAAAUCAAAAGAAGAACUACUCACUUUUCUUUAUGAAAACAAAAAUAGAACACAUUCCAAAGAUACUCAAAUUCAAAAGACUAUUUCAAUAGAUUAUAAAAUAAAUUAUUUAGACGCUGAAAUUAGUCAUCAUCGAGGGAUUUUACAUACAAAAGUAUAUCAUAAUUCAAAAUUUGAACCGUAUGCAUUACCGUAUUUAUCGAAAACAAGACGAAAUCAACCAUUUAAUAAUGAUGUGGUAAUACUAUUACGUGCUGCUCUAUAUCGUGCUAUUCUCUAUUGUUCUAAUGUUUACGAAUUUGACAAUGAACGAUUGUAUAUUGAAAUAUCAUUUCUUCUCAAUGAUAUUUCAUUAUAUCGUAUUCAACAGAUCAUUGAAAUUUUUUUCAUUGAAUUCCAUAUGGACAACAACGAUAUGCCUAUGAAUGAAUAUGCUUACCAAGUUUUCCGAAUACAUGUUCGACUCCACUACCAACAACACUCUAAAUAUUAUUUAGAAGGACGAAGAUGGUAA